AUGAAGGCGAUGCGAAGGGCGUUCCCCCGGGACCCGCGCUCGCGCCGGAUCAGCACCGCCGCGACCGGCCCCUUCAACUGGGUGAGGGGGGAGCGGGUGGCCCCGAGCGAUGGGCUGGGGGUGGAGGCGGUGGUGGAGCCGGGGACGGGUCGGGUCAUCGCGGAGGUGCCGGGGUCGGGGGCGAGGGACGUGGACGCGGCGGUGAGGGAGGCGGCGAGGGCGUUCGAGGAGUGGGGGGAGGUGGGUCCGAGGGAACGGGGCCGUCGACUGCUCGGAGUCGCGAGGGUCAUCGAGGAGAAUCUGGAGGACAUUGCGAGGUUGGAGGUGAGGGACACGGGGAAGCCGAUAUGGGAGGCGAGGGUGGACGUGGGGUCGUGUGCGGAUGCGUUUCGGUUCUUCGGGGGGGUCGUGGCGGGUUUCCACGGGAGGCAUGUGCAGUUGGAGGGUGGGUCGUUUGCGGUGGUGAGGAAGGAGCCGUUGGGGGUGAUCGGGGGGAUCGGGGCGUGGAACUUUCCGAUGCAGACGUGUACGUGGAAGGUGGCGCCGGCGUUGGCCGCUGGGAACGCUUUCGUGUAUAAGCCGGCUCAGUGGACUCCGUUGACGGCGGUGACGCUGGGCGAGGCGAUUCGGGAGGCUGGGAUCCCCGAUGGGGUCUACAACGUGGUGCAGGGGGCGGGGGAGACGGGGCGGCUGCUGUGCGAGCACCCGCAGGUGGCGAAGCUCAGCUUCACGGGGUCGGUGCCGACGGGGGUGCGGGUCAUGACGGCCGGGGCCGGGCGGGUCGUGCCGGUCACGCUGGAGCUCGGGGGGAAGAGCCCCCUCGUCGUCUUCCCGGACGCGGAUCUUGAGAGUGCGGUGAAGGGGGCGCUGGUGGGGAAUUUUCUCAGCCAGGGGGAAGUGUGCUCCAACGGCACGAGAGUGUUCGUUCAUUCGUCGAUCAAGAAGCCGUUCUUGGACAUGCUGCUGGGAGCGGUGAGAAAGAUGAAGGUCGGGGAUCCGUUCGAGGAGGACACGGUGGUCGGGGCGACGAUCACGGAGUCGCACGCGAGGAAAGUUCUGAGUUACAUCGAGGAGGCGAGGGGGGAACGGGGGGCGGUGGUCCACGGGGGCGAGAGGGUCCGACUGCCCCCGCCCCACGACGGGGGAUGGUACCUGUCGCCGUGCGUCGUGGAGAACGCGAGGGACGAGAUGCGGUGCGUGCGAGAGGAGAUAUUCGGGUCGGUGCUGAGUCUGCUCGAGUUCGACGACGAGGAGGAGGCGGUGGCGAGGGCGAACGCGACCGAGUUCGGCCUGGCCGGCGCCGUGUUCACGCGCGACAUCCGGCGCGGGCACCGAGUCGCGGCGCGCCUCAAGGCCGGCACGGUCUGGAUCAACACGUUUAACCUCUACCCGACGGAGCUCCCGUUCGGUGGGUUCAAGCGCUCUGGGGUCGGGAGGGAGAACGGGGUGGAUGCCCUCCAUCACUUCUCGCAGACGAAGACGGUGUACGUGGAGAUGGGGGAGGUGCAGUGUGGGCCGCUCUGGAAGGACUGA